AUGGCCGCCGACGAGCUCGCCGCCGCCUCCCACUCCUCCUCCUCCCCCGCCGACGAGGACGACGAAGAGGGCACCGACAGCGACGGCUCCAACCCCGACCACGCCGCCGCCCCCCACGCCCCUCCGGAGCCCACCGCCGCGAUUCCGCCUCCGCCGCCGCCGCAGCCGCAGCCUGGGGCGGGGGCGGAGGACUCGAGGCGGCUGUUCCAGCGGCUCUGGACGGACGAGGAGGAGCUCCUCAUCCUGCGCGGGUUCCUCGACUUCACGGCGCGGCGGGGCACCACGUUCGCGUCGCACCAGUACGACACGGGGCCCUUCUACGACGAGAUCCGGCGGCGCCUCUCCUUCGACUUCACCAAGAGCCAGCUCGUCGAGAAGCUCCGCCGCCUCAAGAAGAAGUACCGCCUCUGCGCCGCCCGCAUGGCCUCCUCCCCCCACGCCGCCGCCGCCGGCUUCGCCUUCAGGACCCCCCACGAGGGCGCCAUCUACGACCUCGCCCGCCACAUCUGGCCCCCCGCCCUCAAGCGCGACGGCACCGCCUCCGACGACGACGACAUCAACCCCGCCGCCGCAGCUGCCACUGCGGCAGUUAUGACGCCUGUUGCGAUGGAGGAUGGUUUCGGCGGAAGCGCCCCUACGCCGACGCCGACGCCGAGGGGCAGGGGAGGGCGGCGCGUCCGGCGGAGAAUGGCGCAAGAGCAGGAGGCCGCAGCAUUGCCUUCCGCGCCGGCGCUGACCUCAACAGAUGGAGCUCAUCAGGAGCCGCUUGUCGCGGCCAUGGAGAACACAUUGCCGCAGAUUGCGCAGCUGCCACCGGUGUCGGAGACGGAGCCAAUGCCAGUGAUUGCCAAUGGUGCUAAUGAGGAGGCUGUCCGGAGCGUUCUGUCACGUCUACUGAAGGAGUUCAUCACCUCAUUCGCUGUGGUUGGGCAGACUGGUCCAGGAAUGGGCUUAAACAUGGGAUUUGGGGGUGCUGGAUUAAACGCUGAUAUUGCUGGCCUUGGUUUCGGCAUUGCCGGGCUGAACCCUGGGGUGCCCGGUGCUGAUAGGUGGAGGCAGCAUCAGAUACUUGAGCUGGAGGUUUAUCUGAAGAGGAUUGAGCUUGUGCGUGAGCAAGUCACCGCCGCGCUAGAUGAGCUCAGGUCAUCGGAAGGUUGAUUUGUUCUCUUGUUUCAUAGUCCCGUCGAUACUUUCUCUCAUUAGCAGGGAGUACUUUCAACUUCUUCUGUUGUAGUGUGUGCCAUUAGUUGAUGCAUGUAUUAUAAAGUUCUGAUUGUAUACUUGGAUCUAGCUUAGCUGCAGGUAGUUGCCCAUAAGGUUAGAGGUGAGAACAUCGAUGUGUAGAUGAAAUGAGGAUCAAAGCUGAUCAAUACUUGUAGCUCUACUUUAUCUUAUAAUUUGAUAAAAUGCAAUGAAGAGUUUCGAGUCAGGAA